GCGUCUGGCCGGCUUUUUUGCCAUCCCUAACUUGUCGAAUUGUGCAACCCGGAAAAUUGUCAAAAUUUUCGUAGACCUCAAAUAAAUUCCACACUCCGCAAACGAAUCAGGCACAUUGACCUGCCGACUUACCAGUCGUUCACCUAUCGAGGCAACACACACAGUUUGGAUUAAUUCGCGCCGCAACGCGAUUAAUUAAACUGACUCGAUCCGAACACACGAAGGAGUAGAAAACAAAUGAAAAUCACACACGUUCCGGUUGUUUAGAAUGAAUUGAUUUUCGUGGCGACUGCUUGGAAAACACAUAACGACAGGUCGGAAUAACAAACACCGGAAAAACGUUGCCCGUGGCAGCAGGCAAAGAGCAACAAGUCCACACAUCCCCCACUUAAAAAAACACAUCACUUUAGGUUUCACUUAAAAGUCUCGGCUUGGAAAAUGCUGUUUCAAAAGAUUUUCACCCGUGCCCUGCACUCCACGCGGCAACUUUACGCCGGAACUGGUGGAGCUGGAGGUCUGGAGAAGAGCGCACUGGCGGCCCUAAGGAAAAAGACCGGCUACACCUUUGCCAAUUGCAAGAAAGCCCUGGAAAAGCACAACAACGAUAUCGGUUUGGCUGAAAAGUGGCUGCAUGAGCAGGCCCAGUCGCUCGGCUGGACGAAGGCCACCAAACUGGCAGAUCGAGCCACCGCUCAGGGUCUAAUUGGAGUCCUCAUCCGCGGCAAUCGUGGCGCCAUGGUGGAGCUUAACUGCGAGACGGAUUUCGUGGCCAGGAACGACACCUUCAAGCGAUUCGUGGAUCACGUUGCCGGCAUGUGUCUGCACUACACGGAUUUGACGGAUUUCGAUGGGGAUCUGUGGAAGCUCGGCUUCGAUGCGGACGCCCUUAAGAACCUGAGAACGGAGGAGGGUCGCACUUUAGGUGACCACCUGGCCCUGCUGAUCGGCGCCAUCGGCGAGAAUGCCACCAUCCGGCGGGCACUGUGCUUCAAGGUCAACAACGAUCUGAAACUGGUUGGCUACGCCCACCCGGCGCCAACCAACGUUGGCACCACCGAGGGCAUCACCCAGGUGGGCAAGUACGGAGCUAUUGUCGCAUACCGAUCGGAUCAGAAGCUGCUGGAUUUUGAGUUCCACAAGAGCAUCUGCCAGCAGAUUGUGGGCAUGAAGCCGGUUAAGAUCGGGGAGUACGACAAGGACAAGCCUGCGGAGAACAAGGACGACGAGACGUGCCUGAUCCACCAAGAGUAUCUGCUGGAUGCAGAUAAGACGGUGGGCGAGGUCUUGCAGGAGCACAGUUGCGAAAUUGUCGACUACCAUCGCUUCGAGUGUGGAGAGCAGACGGAGCGCAGCCUGGAGGCGAUCAUUCGCUCCCAGCACCAGAGCAGCAAUUAACUAGCCCCUAAGCAGACUCUAGAUCACUAAAUUGUUAUACGCACCAGCCGAAGAUUGUUAACCCCAGAAGUUCUGGACAUAGUUCUGGUCAAAAUUUGCAUGUGAAAAAAGUACAACAACCACGACGAUCAGA